CGUGACCAAGACCCGCUUCCCGCCAACCUCCUCGCUCCCUCGCUCUCGUCGCUUCUUGCGCAGCAUUAAGGUAUACAUCGAUUACAUCACGUUCUAUCACAUUCCGGAACAAAGUCACGAGGCCUCGAAGGGACUGGUGUUUUGACUAGCAAACUGCCAGUCUCGAACAAACUUUACCCAAAUGAUUCCAAGGCAGAACAGGUCCGGACAGUCUUCUUCGCGCCCUCUGCUGUUUCCUCGUUGUCGACACGACAGAGGACGAUAGGACGACAAACUACACAUUUCGAAAAACCCGCUUGACGACAUCAACAACAACAACCGGAAGGUGUGCCUGGGCACCUUCGACGGUUAAAUCAUGGCCCAGACGGCGGGAUACCCAGGACAUGUUCCGCACUUUUCAUCUUAUAGUGCAUAUCAGACACCUCCACGAACACCAUAUGGACGUGGAGACAGCUCAUACUACUCCGCGAGGCAUUAUACACCUCCCACAAGUGGACACACUAGGAGGGCGACGAAUGACGGGACGUUCUCGCACUCUUACGCAACUCCGCAGACCUCAUACUACUCGAGGCCACCGGAGUAUUCUUCGCCCAGCUAUUACGCAUCGGCGCAACAAUCCGCGCCGCGACGAAGCGACUAUGUGCCCAUUUACACCACAGCAGCCGCAGCAGAUCCUACACCUAAGUCAUCAGCACGACCGCGAAGAUCAUCAUACACGAACACAAGCAAACCAGCCAGACCGACUCCUCCACCGCCUCGGCCAAGGACGAGCACAGCUCACAAACCGCCACCGAAGGCGACAGAGGACGACGCGCGUCGCGCAGACAUACCAGCUGGCUACUCAAUCAAGAAUUGGGACCCGACAGAAGAGCCCAUUUUACUCCUUGGAAGCGUCUUCGACGCCAACUCACUAGGUAAAUGGAUCUACGAUUGGACAGUCUUCUACUACGGUCCAGCAACGCCCAUGUCGGGGAUGGCUGGCGACCUAUGGCUCCUCCUGAUUCAGCUUGCAGGCAAGAUUAAGCGGGCUGAAGAAUGCAUGCCAACCAUCCGGCGCGCAUCAUCGCACGAUAUGGUCGAUGACUUCCUGGAGUCUGGCGAGAGACUGUGGCAGCGCUUCAACAAACUUCUCAAGAUCUGCGAGAACUACAUGUGGAAGGCCGCGCGGAAGGAGGCAGGCGCCUCGGGUGCGAAGAAGGUUACUAUGGGCCAGGACAGCGGAUGCGAGUUUGUGGACUCGAUCUUCGGUCGGCAUCGGGAGCUUGAGCGGACGGAGAAGCUCAUGACUGGUAUUCGGCUGUGGUCCAUGCGCUUCGAUGCGAACUGCGAGGACAUACUGCGGCAUCCUACCGCCUAGACGUGGCGAAGACGACACGCGGCGCGCCUCUCUACUCGCUUGUCCGGCGAUGUAUCGCCUUGCACCAUCUCGGCACAGGACUUUUUGGGACGGCGUCACGGUUAUCUGAUUGGGCGUUACUUUCUACUCUUUCAACAGCGAAUGUGUACGACCACUGAUUUGCUAGGGCUACAAGGGAGCGGACCGGGACAGCAUGCACUCUGGGUGGCGUCUGAGUCAUGGUCAGGCUGCGUUUCAAGCGUUCUCGCUUUCGUCUUCGCAAGGGAUGCAUUGCUACUGGGCGGACACGGAAAAGCUAUAUACCCCAUUUGCGAGCAUAUUGACUGCGGGAUUUAACGGCGCGUCGCUGCGAUUUGCUGAUUUUUCGGAAAAGAUGUUGUGUUGCUACAUUUUGCAUAUACCGCUUUCUCGUAACAUAUACAUGAAUAUAUCGCUCUACUUACUUCUCAC